AUGCAACAGAAGAAAGGCGGUCAUUUCAGAGAAUUUCAGCCAAACUGGAAUGAAUUUCACACAAAAACAAGCUGGAAAAAUGGAGUCAAAGGAUCUAUCACCUGCUCCGAGUGUGGAAAGUCUUUCAGAUAUAAAUCAAUCCUUAACGGACACAUGAGAGUUCACACUGGAGAGAAGCCUUAUACUUGCACUCAGUGUGGAAAGAGUUUCAGUUCUAAAGGAAACCUAAAUGAUCACAUGAGAGUUCACACUAGAGAAAAACCGUUCACGUGCACUCAGUGCGGAAAGAGUUUCAGAGACAGAUGCAACCUCAAAGAUCAUCUGGUCUCUCACUCUGGAGUGAGAUCGUUCAGCUGUGAUCAGUGUGAUAAAACAUUUGCUGUGGCAUCCAGAUUAAGAACGCACCUUAAAAUUCAUGCUGCUGUGAAGCCUCAUGUUUGCACUUUUUGUGGGAAGAGUUUUUCCGUACUAUACACUUUAAAAGAGCACCAGAGUAUUCAUACUGGAGUGAGACCUUAUAUGUGCUUUGAGUGUGGGAAGAGCUUUGCUACGUCCAGCAGAUUAAAAAAACACCAGAGGAUUCACACUGGAGAGAGACCUUACAAGUGCUCACACUGUGGAAAGUGUUUUGCUCAUUUAUCAGCUUUAAAUAAUCAUGAGAGAAUUCACACUGGAGAAAAGCCGUACCAGUGCCCUUCAUGUGGGAAGAGUUUCACCCAAUUAUCUAAUCUAUGGAAUCAUUCAAAAAAACAACGUUGUUUAACUGAAGAAGAAGCAAGCAGGAGGAAUUACUCCAGGAGAAACUACUGACAUACUAUUGGAAAGAUGGAGUUUGAGGAAGAACCCUGCAGAAUUAAAGAUGAAGAUACAGAGG